GGGGCGCCGCGCCUCGGAACAACAGGCCUCGGCCGAGCUUAACUGCUGAGGUGCCGGCUCCGCUGCACGGCCCAGGCCCUCGAGGACCCGUUCUCGCCCGCCGGGGACUUCUGGCGCUUCCUCCUCGGGGCCCGGACUCGUAGCCGCCCCUGUGCGUUGCUAAUGUUUGUGAGAACAUGGUCGCGUUCCCCACCCCUCCACCCGCCGCCCUUCUCACGGUUAACUUCCAGUCACUCACUCUUUGGAGGUCGACCUUGACUAGGAACCCGUGAGGUCAAUAUCCAACACAGCCUACCUACCCUGUGCAACCUCCUGGGAAUCCAGUAUAUCCUCAGACCUUACAUCUUCCUCAGGCUCCACCCUAUACUGAUGCUCCACCUGCAUAUUCAGAGCUCUAUCGUCCAAGCUUUGUUCAUCCAGGGGCUGCCACAGUCCCCACCAUGUCAGCUGCAUUUCCUGGCGCCUCAUUGUAUCUGCCUAUGGCCCAGUCUGUGGCUGUUGGGCCUCUAGGCUCCACAAUCCCCAUGGCUUAUUAUCCAGUUGGUCCCAUCUAUCCACCUGGCUCAGCAGUGUUGGUGGAAGGAGGGUAUGAUGCAGGUGCCAGAUUUGGAGCUGGUGCCACUGCUGGCAACAUUCCUCCUCCACCUCCUGGAUGCCCUCCCAACGCUGCUCAGCUCGCAGUCAUGCAGGGAGCCAACGUCCUUGUAACUCAGCGCAAGGGAAACUUCUUCAUGGGUGGCUCAGAUGGUGGCUACACCAUUUGGUGAGGAGCCAUGGCCACUCCUGUGCCGGGGAAGACAUCACAUACCUUCAGCACUUCUCACAAUGUAACUGCUUUAGUCAUAUUAACCUGAAGUUGCAGUUUAGACACAUGUUUUUGGGGUGUCUUUCUGGUGUCCAAACUUUUGAGGCACUUUUCAAAUUUAAUAAGGAACCAUGUAAGGGUAGCAGCCCCUCCCUAAAGCAUUCUGAGGUAAGGAGGUAUCCAUUCUUCAAAUGAAUGUGAGUGAAGCAGCCCAAGGCUCUUCCUUAAUUCCUCUGGAGUGAUGCUGUGCCAUGCUGGUCUUUGCUUCUAGUAAUAAAACAUCAAAUUAGGUUUGGAGGGAACUUUGAUCUUCCUAAGAAUUAAAGUUGCCAAAUUAUUCUGAUUGGUCUUUAAUCUCCUUAAGUUUUUGAUUUAUCUUACUUGGUAAAUGAAAUGCAUUAGCUGUCUGCCUUUUCCUUCCCAUCCUCUGCCCAGCCUGUCCACUGUCCCUGCUCCUCCACCCCCUCCCAUCACUAUCCAUAGAAUCAGUGGUGCAGGACCGAAAGCCAGACUCAGCCCCUUGUCUCCCUGCACCUGUCCCACUUGACAUUUUUUAACUCAUCUUUCAUAAGGAUCCUCUGAAGCCCCCUGUGUGACCUGAGCACAGACUCCAUUUCUUCAGGUUUUGUAUAUCUCCAGGCAAGGUGAAGGGUACCCUUCGGACCCGCCUCAUAAACCAUCUCUGCAUCACCAUGAACCCAGACUAGCUGUGGUGCCAGAAACCUGAACUUAAACAACAGUUCUCAGUGCAAACUGUCCUAGGAAAAUUUAAAGAUGACAGGCAGGGGAGAAGAUGCAUAUCAAAAGCUUGGCUUUAAAGUCUAAGGGAGUUUUAGAUCAAAAACUAGCUAUCACUUCCUGAGUGUCUCAUGUAGCCACUCAGGCUCCCAGGAGUUUCCUGAGGUAGGUUAGUAGGGUCACGUGAAUGCCUCACUAUGACAUGACUUGAGUCCAGUGAGAUCUCAUUAGGAUUAAUAUUUCAGGGAUCCUUAAUAUUUUGAUUUGUUUUCCGAGAUUGGAUUUUAUUUUAUCUGCUAUUUCAGUUCAUCUAAAUCUUGUGUUCUGUACAUGUGAUGUUUGACUGUACCAUCGACUGUUAUGGAAGUUCAGCGUUGUAUGUCUCUCUACACUGUGGUGCACUUAACUUGUGGAUUUUUUAUACUAAAAAUGUAGAAUAAAGACUAUUUUGAAGAUUUGAAUAAAGUGAUGAAGUUGCAUUACACCUCA